CACCACUAUUAGAGUGCUUCUUUUAUUUACCUUUUUUCGAACCGCAUCAUGGAAAUGGACAACCCGUAUUUUUGGAAUGAAUUUGAAUUAAAACAACCUCCUUUGGUGACCCUGCAAGUGGAGGACACAGGUUUCGCCAAAAAUGUGUUCGUGGUCAUCAACAGGUUCCUGCAACAGUUGUCCGAACCGGAGGCCAAGGAUUUCGAGGAGACGGCGGCGUUGAUUGGACGACUGAUGGCGCGCCGGAAGAACUCAUUCCGAAAUAUGCCGGGAUUCCGGGCUGUCUGCAAGCUGAAUGCCGCGCUGUGCCGCCUGCUCCGUUUGGAUUUGGCCAGAGAUUUGGUACAGUUCCGCGGCGCUCUACCAGAUGUGUGCGAUGAGGACUUGGGCGGAGCCAUGCCCACGCGGAGUAGCUUCGAGUAUAUUUUGGUGCGCCUGCUGGGCUUCUAUCACCUCCACGAGCGGAUCAGGGAAUGCUGCCUCACGGCGGCCACCUAUUUCACCCAACUCCUGCGCAACAACUUCUUCAUGGACUUCAUCACGCUGCUCAUCGCCGCCAUUGCCAAGAUCAACAAGCUGAGUUCCCUGCAGGCCAGCAAAAGUGCCAGUCUAUACAAUAAACUGCGACCUCAGGUGGCAAACUUUCCGCUGGUGGCCAAGCACAAGUUCCUGGCGGAGGGACAAGAGCUUCCUGCCAAAUUAGAGCCUCCUAAGAGCACACCGAAUCAAACCAAAGCAGUCAGCAACACACCUGAUUUGGUUCUGAAACCCAAAAAGAUUGUCACCAAAAUGGAAAAAGCCAAACUGGAGGCCAAAUCCGAUGUGGGCACUGUGAUAGCCAGAAAGGAAGCACCCUCUCAAGUUCUUAGCAAACCCAAAUUCAAUGAAGAGGUUCUAGCUACUGUGGCGGAUGCACAGCGGUUUAUUGCCCGCGAGUCCAAGGCCAGAAAGCAGAAUCCUCCUCCAGAAAGUUGUCUCACCAAGAGUAUACCCAAGCACGAGUGGUUGGCCGCACAGACGCUGUUCCAGCGUAAGAUGUCCAAAGAUCCCGCAAAGGCUUUGAACAUAUUUCGCAAGUUUAUUGUUAGUAAAAUAAAGUAACACUCAAAUUAAA